UCUUGAUACCUUGCCACUUCUAUGAACUAAUCAUCUUUAAUUUAUUUACUCAUGAGAGACUUGUUUAAACUAUUUGUCAGUCUUUUCUUCCUUAAUGAAUUGCUUCUCAGUCUUCUUUUGUACUAGUAUAAGUAGACAUGAACAAUGAAUACUAACGAAUACAAAUCAAAAAAAAAAGAAUGAUGGAAAUGGUAGAGAUCGGGAAUUCAUCCGAAUGGGUGAUCAAAGUACAAGAGAAUGUCGAUAAAAUGGACAAUUCCAAAGAAGUGGAGUUUUGGAAGAAACGUUCAAUUUAUAGAAUUCCAGACUCGGUUAUUAACAUCAACAACAAGAAGGCCUACAAGCCUCAAUUAGUCUCUUUUGGACCUUAUCAUCACGGAGAAGAACAUCUCAAAUCCAUGGAGGGUCAUAAGGAACGUGUCCUCCUUCAUUUUCUUAAAAGAUCGAAGAAGCCACUCAAUCUUUAUGUCCAAUCCUUGUCCAAUUUGGUGAAGGAUUUGAAAGAAUCUUAUGAUUUGUUGGAAGAUUUUCAUGUGUGGAAUGACUAUGCGUUCCUUAAGUUAAUGAUUCUCGACGGUUGUUUCAUGCUUGAGGUCUUGAGGACAGCGACUCAAACGCUUGAUGAUUAUGCUCAUAACGAUCCUAUAUUCAGUGAUCAUGGAAAGCUUAACAUCAUACCAUAUAUCAGAAGAGAUAUGCUCAUGCUUGAGAAUCAAUUACCUUUUUCUCUCCUCUGCAACUUGAUCGCCAUUGAAAAUGACAAGGACGACGAUGAAAGAAAAAUAAUCAACUUAGUGUUGAAGUUCAACAACUUGACAACAACAGGAGAAAUGAAUGAAAAAAGUUUACAUAUAUUAGACAUCUUUAGAAAGAGUCUCAUAUGGCAAGAUCCAAAAACACAACUUUCGCAUGGUAUCGAUAAAGAUGGCGGCUAUCAAGAAGAGAUAAUUCGAUCAGCAAUGAAACUAAACGAAGCCGGAAUCCAAUUAAAAAAAAGCAAAUCCAAUAGCCUAAAAGACAUCACAUUCAAACGAGGAUCGCUCAAGCUCCCAACAUUAGUGGUUGACGACACAACCGAAUCAAUGUUCCUAAACCUAAUCGCGUUCGAGCGUUUUCAUGUGGGUGCAGGAAACGAAGUUACCUCUUACCUAUCCUUCAUGGAUGACCUCAUAGACAAUGCAAAUGAUGUUAGUUUGCUUCAAUCGAAGGGGAUAAUUCAAAACGCGAUUGGUAGCGAUAAAGCGGUUGCGAAUCUAUUUAAUUCUCUUUCGAAAGAUGUGACGUUGGAUCAAAAUAUGAAUUUGGAUCAAGUUCGUUACAAAGUGCAUAGGUAUUGUAAGAAGAGUUGGAAUGAAUGGAGGGCGAAUUUGAUUCAGACAUACUUUAGAAAUCCAUGGGCGAUUUUGACGGUUAUUGCUGCUAUACUUCUGUUUUCUCUUUCGAUUCUUCAGACCAUUUAUACGGUUUAUCCUUAUUAUCAUCCCCGUCAAAAUAGUUCUUCUCCGCCACCGCCUCCGCCGCCUAAUUCCUGAUUGUCCGGCAUGCAUGUGAGUUUGAUGGAGGAUUUCGUGUUUAGUGUUGUUUUUUAAGUUUGUGAGAGUUUGAGUGUGUAGUCUAUUGUUAAUUCUCAUUUUUAUGAUAUGUAAUUUGUUUGUUUCAAGG